AUGACCAUUACCAGAAUCCUUGUUUCUAAACAACAACCCGUCCCUCUGUCCCACUUUUCGUUCAACUAUAAAAAGGCUCCCGUCAAGAAGUCCAAGGUCGCUCCCGCCCCUUACGCCAAGAAGACUGCCUCCAAGGCUCCCGUCAACCCCCUCAUCGAGAAGACCCCCAAGAACUUCGGUGUUGGUCAGGAUGUCCAGCCCAUCAAGGAUCUCUCGCGUUACGUCAAGUGGCCCGAAUACGUUCGCCUCCAGCGCCAGCGCAAGAUCUUGAACCAGCGUCUCAAGGUCCCCCCAGCAUUGAACCAGUUCACCCAGGUCCUUGACAAGAACACUGCCACCCAGUUGUUCAAGCUCGUCAACAAGUACCGCCCCGAGACCCGCAUCGAGAAGAAGGAGCGUUUGACCGCUGCUGCUGCCGCUCAGGUCGAGAAGGGUACCAAGGCCGAGACCAAGAAGCCCUUCGUCGUCAAGUACGGUAUUAACCACAUUACCGCCCUCGUCGAGGCCAAGAAGGCUUCCCUCGUUGUCAUCGCUGAUGAUGUUGACCCCAUCGAGAUUGUCGUCUGGUUGCCCGCUCUUUGCCGCAAGAUGGGUAUCCCAUACUGCAUUGUCAAGGGCAAGGCCCGUCUCGGAACAGUCGUCCACAAGAAGACCGCCACCGCUCUCGCUUUCACCGAGACCCGUGCCGAGGACAAGGCCGAGCUCGCUGCUUUGGUCUCUGCCAUCAAGUCCAACUACACCGAGAAGAACGAGACUGCUCGCAAGGCUUGGGGUGGUGGAUUGAUGGGCUUCAAGUCCAACAUGAAGAUGACCAAGCGCGCCAACGCCGUCAAGAACUCCCUGUAA